ACUGGCAGGAAGAGAGCAACCUGGCGCUGGGAGGGCGGCCUUGGAGUCUCCGCUCAUUGCCAGGGUCAGAAGUUGGCCCUGUGUUUGCUCUUCACGAUGAAAGAAAACCGCGGGAGAGCGCUGAGCGGCGGAGAACUGCAUUCAGCCAGUGGGCACGAAAAUGAGUUUUAGCUGCUCUGUGCAAAAACCCUAGGUGUGGGGACAGAUGGGAGCCGACCAGCAGGUUACAACAGGUCAGGAAUAAAUAACCACCAGGCGGAGGAUCCCAGAUUCAGUCCUUCCUUUUGUUGAGUGAGGAGCGAGCGCCAGGCAAUCGCGUUCACAAAGGCUUUGGAAAGAAGCGGUUCCACCGUCCCCGCUCGGCUCCAGCCCCGGGAACUGGAGUUGGGGAACUAGUGCAAGGAAAUGCUGAUACUCUGGCUACUGCUGUUGCUGUGAUAAAGUCCUUUGUCUCUGACCCAGAAGUCUUGCGUCUUCUGCCAGCAGCCAGGAAACUGUGGGGUACAGGCAUGGAUGGGAAGAAAUGCAGCAUAUGGAUGUUUUUACCCCUUGUAUUUACCUUAUUUACUUCAGCUGGAUUGUGGAUAGUAUACUUUAUAGCUGUGGAGGAUGACAAAAUUUUCCCAUUAAACUCAGCUGAAAGGAAACCUGGUGUGAAGCAUGCACCGUAUAUAAGUAUUGCAGGUGAUGAACCUCCUGCAAGCUGUGUGUUUAGUCAAGUUAUGAACAUGGCAGCAUUCCUAGCUCUGGUGGUAGCUGUUCUGCGCUUCAUACAACUGAAACCAAAGGUUUUAAAUCCAUGGCUGAAUAUUAGUGGAUUGGUGGCGCUCUGUCUGGCUUCCUUUGGAAUGACCUUACUUGGUAAUUUUCAGCUCACAAAUGAUGAAGAAAUCCAUAAUGUCGGAACUUCCUUGACUUUUGGAUUUGGCACACUGACCUGCUGGAUCCAGGCUGCAUUGACACUCAAAGUAAACAUCAAGAAUGAAGGACGGAAAGUUGGAAUUCCACGAGUUAUUCUCUCAGCAUCUGUCACUCUCUGCGUGGUCCUCUACUUCAUCCUCAUGGCCCAAGGCAUCCACCUGUACGCAGCCAGGGUCCAGUGGGGCCUGGUCAUGUGCUUCCUGUCUUACUUUGGCACCUUUGCUGUGGAGUUCCGGCAUUAUCGUUAUGAGAUUGUAUGUUCCGAAUACCAGGAGACUUUCCUAAGCUUCUCAGAAAGCCUGUCUGAAGCUUCUGAAUAUCAAACCGACCAGGUGUAACCCAUCAGUUUUUCCUUGCUGGUGAGGUGGGUGUAGCAUCAGGGGAGGGGCCAAGGCACACCCACAGGACUUGACACACAACCUCAUGACACAUCGUAAACACAGGCACGUGCACACGCACACACCCACACACACAUUCAUGGCCACGUUUGCCAAACGAGCGUUUCGGGGCGAGUUAUUUAACAAAAAAGCACAAGCCCUAUGUGUCGAAAUACACGCUGUUAGCACUGAAAAUAUAAUGCACGGCAGAGCAAGAAGCUUGUGCAUGAUCACCUCUCUUUUCCCCUCUCUCCCAGCACCCCCUGCUCUUCUUGUCCUCUUCACGUAUUCCAGACAUCCUGAUCACCCUACCUUGGGCAGGCCAAAUGUAACAUGGGAAUAAUGCCAACUCCCAACUGCCUUCAGAUCCAGAGGGCUUGGAACCAGCUCACGAGGACAUUCUGAAUCUGGCACUAGGGCUCUUGAAUGGACAGAGUAUCAUUUGGUUGGAUGGAAACUGUACAGAGAUGUGACCCCGUGUAACCUGUGGAUGAUGUUGGAUCAAGGAUAGAACUUUCCCACAAAAACUCCCUUCAUCAUCGUUCAGUGGUUGGCUGAGCAGAUUCGACAAAAGGAAUACGCUACGAGCUGUGAGGGGGAAGCCCACCACCAUGAUUUGGACUUUACUGUGACUGAGAAAAUAUUUCCAAAUGUGAAUAUUUGUAGGCCAUGGUCUGCCAUGGAGAGAUGGGGGUAGCGAGGGUGUGGUUUCAGUUUUGCUUCCAUAGUAUGCUAUGUUCAGUUUUUAUUUUCUAUUUCAUAGUUUGCUUUGUUUUCUUUUUUUUUUUUUUAAGUAACUACCAUGGUUCUCUUGGGGCCUCACGGACAGAGAAGAUGUAGGCCAAACGCAAGAACUGAGCUUGUUUGGGGUUCAACAUGAUAAAAGAAAAAAAAAAGAAAGGUCACCUGCAGGCUUAAUUUGCUGCUUUUAUGUUUGAAGCUAAGAAAAUGUUCACAGAAAAGCACAAAGAAAUACGUGUGGAGGUAAUAAAAAGAGCUCCUGCUGGACAUUUGUAAAAG